GCUCUCGGCUCGCUCCAGGCGCAGAGCCUCCUUCCUCCUUCAGUCAGACUUCACUCGGGUUCAGACUGCAUUUGGCAGCGGCCUGCGUUUGUUCGUGGGCGCGUCGUGCGUGCGUCCGCCAGUGUCGUGCCGCGUGCUGUGUCGGUGUGAGUGCGUGUGGUGUUGGAGGUGAUUGAAUGCAACCGAUGGCAGCCCCGCCUGCCAGGAUGGCUCCGCGACGUGCUGCUAGCGCUGCUGGCUCGCCGGACUGGCGGCGGAGUGUGGAGUGCUGAGUGCCGUCCGGGUUGAGUGUCGGGCCGUCGUCCGUCGGCCGGUCCUAGCCCAGGACGUCCCAGGACCAUGGCGACGGCGCCGCGCCGCACGGCCUGGCCGCCGGUCUUCGCCCUGCUGCUGCUCAUGGAGUCCACCGUCGCCAACUGGUGGAUGCUGGGGAUGCACGGGUCGAGCGGCUCCGCGGUGGAGUUCAACCCCAUGAGCAGCCACAAGGACAACUGCAACCGACUGGACUACCUGGUGGAGCGGCAGCAGCAGCUGUGCGGGCUCAGCGAGAACGUCCUGACGGCCAUCAGCACGGGCGCCAAGCUGGGCAUCGACGAGUGCCAGCACCAGUUCCGGAACAGCCGCUGGAACUGCAGCACCUUCAGCAACUCCAGCAACGUGUUCGGCGGAGUGCUGUCCGUCCACAGCCGGGAGACGGCCUUCGUGUACGCCAUCUCGGCGGCGGGCGUGGCCUACGCGGUGACGCGGGCGUGCUCUAGGGGCGAGCUCAACGAGUGCUCGUGCGACCCCAGGGCCCGCGUGCGCAAGACGAAGAAGAAGUGGAAGUGGGGGGGAUGCUCCGAGGACAUCCGCUUCGGGGAGAAGUUCAGCAAGGAGUUCGUGGACGCCAGGGAGCACGGCGACGCCCCGGAGGGCCUCAUGAACCUGCACAACAACGAGGCGGGGAGGAGGUCGAUCCGGUCGCGCAUGGAGCGCAUCUGCAAGUGCCACGGCAUGUCCGGGUCGUGCUCCGUGCAGGUGUGCUGGCGCAAGCUGCCGCCGUUCCGCGUGCUGGGCGACGCGCUGGGGCAGGCCUACGAGGGCGCCACGCAGGUCAAGCUGGCGGAGAACAAGCGGCGGCGCCACGCGCGCGGCAAGAAGCUGCGGGCAGUGUCGCGCGAGAUCAAGCCCCCCAACCGCACCGACCUGGUGUACCUGGAGGACAGUCCGGACUACUGCGAGCGCAACGACACCAUGGGCAUCCUCGGCACUCGCGGCAGGGUGUGCAACCGCACGUCGCCGGGGCUGGACGGCUGCCGACUGCUGUGCUGCGGCCGCGGCCACAACACGCGCAUGAAGGAGGUGGAGGACAAGUGCCAGUGCCGCUUCGUGUGGUGCUGCAACGUCGAGUGCAAGACCUGCCGCGUGCGUCGCGAUGAGCACACCUGCAAGUAGGGGGCAGUCUCUCUGUCCCGCCCCGCCCCGCCGGUUCAAAAGGAUGUUCAACCUUUACCACUGCAACUCCCCCUUCCCCCCGCCUGAGUGUCCACCCGGUCCGCCCCUGGCCUCAUCGACUCCCGGAUGCUCUCGUUGCUCACCGACUUCCCUAGUUCUUUGCCUGAAGGAAGCGCGGCCCGUUUUUCCACCUUUCCAUCCUCUGACCUUUAAAUGGGGAAGUCCCAUAUGGGGAACAUAUGUUUCGAUUUACUCAUACUUUCUUCAUCCCUUUGGUACAUGUUAAGAUUGACGGUAGAUGUAAACAGGGCGUUUCUGCCCCCUCUGCUGUAUACUAGCCUGGAAGGCGCUGGAAGGCCUGGAAGCGUCAUGUGAGGAGGCUCCUUUGUGAGUCGUGGGUCGGGUCGGCAACGGAGCAUCGGUACGGAAGUACGGAGUGGACGCGCUUCAAGAGACGAGCGAGACGCGACUAGCGCCCGAAGGCAGGCAACCCAUCAGGCACCUGAUGGGCCACUUCGGCCACUUCACGCCGGGGGCUUGCCCUCCCUAGAGUCCUAUAGCGUACUAUAGGACUCUAGCCCUCCCCCGGCCCAUUUUGCAAGAGUGUAGGAGCGACUUGUAGGUAGUCUUCUAGUUUUUGGGUCUAUCUCAUUCUCUCAAUUCUUUCAACCUUGGAAAAAAGUCAUUAAUUUGACUUAAUCUUUGUUACUGUAAUUGGUUCUUACUUAUCGUUCAGGCAUUCCCUCUAGCUAUUCUUUUUAUUGUCAAUGAUACGGUAGUAAGGACGCUGCCCUUAGCUCAUGGCAGUAAUGAUUUGGUGUGCGGUAAAGAAACAUACUUUUUGUAAAUGUGGUUCUUUGUUCUCUCUGAGAUUAACGUAUUGAUUAAUUCUGUCUAUUGAAGUCUGAUAUGAUUGGCAAUGAUUUUAUAGUAAGUUUUAGUGCACAAAGUGCUUACUACCUUCUUAAAAGUUGGCCUCAAGUACAUUUUCCUUAGGCCAACAUUUACUUUUCAAGUGGUUUUUGUCUUUGGUAGAAGUCAUUGGUGUGUCUUUAAAAGAAUUUUGUUGCAAGUUUUGAACCAUUUUUGUUUUUUUACAACAAAUCCAAAACGAUUAAAAUUUGAUGUGAUUAUGAGUUUCUUGGUUUAGAAUUCUCUUUGUUAUAUGUUAUUAUUUAUUAUUCUCUGCCCUCAUUUUUACCAAUUUUGUCAUGUUUUAUUUUGUAAAUAUGUUGUUAUGUAAUUUUACCUCUGUUUAUGUGUUGUAGAGCAGUAUUAAUAGUUUAUAAUAAGUCAUUUUUUUCCCAAAGCCAACCGUAAUUAUAGACUUCCAUAGCAUUUGAAAAAUGAACUGGAAGUUUUUGACUGGUUGUUGCUUAAAUUCCGAGUCAGUUCUUCAAAACAGGAAGUAAUGUACACAAAUACUUGUAUGAUUUUGCAUUCGGUAUUCAUUUCUUGUCACAUCAAGCAAAUCAAGAUUACGCCUAGUCCUAAUAAUGUAGAGUUACUUGUCAAUUUUAGGGUGUGUGCCAAAUCUGUAAUUUCAGGAAUGAAUACCAGAAACCCAGUGUAAAUACGAAGUUGUAGUGAUACUUUUUACAGGGGUUCAUUAUCGUCUGUAAUAAUUUUUGUCAUCCCAUCUUUCCCAAUCCCCUAGAUCAUGUAUGUUCCAACUUGGUUCAACUUUUUGUAGGUGUUUGUCACUGCACAUACCCCACUUUCUGAGUCUUGUAAUCCUCAAGUCCACAAGAUGAAUAAACUGUUAAUUUGGUUUUUA